AUGGAGCUCCACUCCCUGACUAAGAGGAACAGGCCAGAGGACCUGUGCAACGGUAUGGACUGGAGUUCCGGAGAGACUCUUGGUGACCAGGCAGAGGAGAAAACCAUCACAGCUGCCCUUUGCUCUCAGAAAAACUCUGCAUCCUCACCAGGAGCAGCCGUGGUGGAAGUGUCAAGAUUUAGCCCUUCUCUAGCAUCCCCUACCUCCUUGGUCCAAGGCAGUGCUAUUCAGCCAAGCUUUCUCCCACCAGGACCUCCUGACUCAGGAAACAACCAAGUGAUGGCAGAUCGUAAAGUCUGCAACUGUUGCAGCCACGAACUAGAAACUUCUUUCACUUACGUGGAUGAGAACGUCAACCUAGAACAGAGAAGUCAGAGGUCCCCAUCAUUAAAAGGCGGUAAUCGCCCUGGAGAUCUUGGCUGGGGGAACGCUAAUGAAUGGUCCCAUGAUGCUGCCAUGUCGUUGAUGUCUGAAGAUGAAGAUGACACAGGUUCAGAAGCCACAUCUUCGGGGAAGUCCAUAGACUAUGGUUUCAUCAGCGCCAUCUUGUUCUUGGUCACCGGUAUCUUGCUGGUGAUCAUUUCUUAUAUUGUCCCGCGGGAGGUGACAGUGGAUCCCAAUACCGUGGCAGCCCGGGAGAUGGAGCGCCUAGAAAAGGAGAGUGCAAGGCUAGGUGCACACCUGGACCGCUGUGUGAUCGCUGGGCUCUGUCUCCUCACACUCGGGGGAGUGGUUCUCUCAUGCUUGUUGAUGAUGUCUAUGUGGAAGGGCGAACUCUAUCGUCGAAAUAGGUUUGCCUCUUCCAAAGAGUCCGCCAAACUCUAUGGUUCUUUCAACUUCAGGAUGAAAACCAGCACUAACGAAAACACCCUGGAACUGUCCUUGGUGGAGGAAGAUGCCCUUGCUGUACAGAGUUAA